GGUCCGGUCAGAGCUGCACGACUCUCAAUGAGAACAAAAAGUCCUGCCGCACGAGGUAUGGAUGGUCGCUUCUGUACGGUUCCACUUCCGUAGGCCGACGGCAGCCUGACGCCCGGGCCCGGCCCGCCAUGGGGAAUGCCGGGACGAGCAAAGCGGCGAUGAAAGAGAGCGGCGAUGGCGCUGUCUGCGCUGACCCGCUGCUGAAAGAUGAUUUCACCCUUGUCGUACUGCACGACUACCCCUCCUCGGACACGGGCGAGCCGAUCUUCAGAGUUGGGGAAAAGCUGCAGGUUCUGUCAGAAGACGAAUCCUGGUGGCAGGUCUGCAGCGUCAUGACAAAAAACAAAAGCUACAUUCCAAAAAACCAGACCGGAAAAGUCUACCAAGGAUGGCUCUUUGAGGGCGUGGGCAGACAAAAUGCCGAGGAGCUGCUACAGCUCCCAGGACACAGGGCUGGAUCCUUCUUGAUACGAGAGAGCACGAGCGAACAAGGGACGUACUCCCUGUCGGUGUUGAACAGGUGUGUGAAACAUUACCGGAUCUUUCACCUGCCAAACGGCCGCUACUACAUCUCUCGCCAGGUGACCUUCCAGAGCCUAGAGGACUUGAUCAAUCACUAUUCGGACUCUGCAGAUGACCUCUGUUGCACCCUCACUACUCCAUGCCUAGCCUUCAACACCGGCGUCAACCUGUCGGAUCAGCCACCCCCCGUCGUGAUGCGUUGCAACUUUGACCGGAAAAAAGUUAAACAGUCAGAAUUAAUAGACCAGAAGAGUCCAGGCAGCCCCGACAACAGCGACUCGGCUGUAAGCUUUGGAGUGAGGAACAGCAUUGCCGCAUACAUCUCCCUCAUGGAGUCGGGACCCUUAAAGCAGAAGUCCAGUUCUAAGAAGAAGUGUAAAUCGUACAUGUAUCCUGGGGAGGUCAAUGGCGUGGCAAAUGAAGAAGAAAGCUUUCAGCAGCUCAUUUAAAGAAAUACAUAGCGGUUUCACACAAGAAAUAAACAUUUGUUCAUUUUUGUAGACAGCAUGCUUAUUUUGUCAUGACUCAUCAGUAAGAUCGCUAUCCCUGGUACUUUUCGUUCUGUUUGCUUAUAUCUAAUUGUGGAAUGUUUUCCACAACAUUAAUAACUAAAGAUUUUUUUGCAAUAGAUAUUUAAAGAAUAAUAAUGUAAAAUAAAUAAUUUUCACUCAAAUAAAUUUUCUGUGUAAUCCAAAGAAAGGCAGUCAGUAAAGCCAUAUUUCAUUUGGUGUCAUUCGGUUCUAUCCUCACUUUGCGCUAUCCAGCAUAAAUCUAUAAUGGCCCAAGAACAUCAUCAAAAACAUGAAGAGAAAAAGAGAAGUAAAAUGUUAUCUGCAGUCUGUAAAAAGCUUCAUUUUUACUAUUGGCCUAAUGUUCAAUAAAUGUUACA